AUGGGUGACAAUGCUCCAUCAGUAGGUGAUACAACCAAUAACACCAUGGUGACUUAUGAUGUAAGCCACCCAUAUCAUCUCAAUCCUUCAGAUUCUCCUGGAAUGAAUCUCAUUCACUCUAUAUUUGAUGGAAGAGGCUUUCCAGGAUGGAGAAGAUCAAUCUUCAUCGCUUUGUCUGCAAAGAAGAAAUUAGGAUUCAUCAAUGGUUGCAUUAAAGCACCAGAACCAACAUCUAGAGAUUAUGAACAAUGGAGCUGUGUAAAUGAUAUGAUAAUAGCAUGGCUUUUGAAUGCACUAUCUCUAGAUAUUAGAGAUAGUGUUAUUUACUCGAAAAUAGCUAAAGAGCUAUGGGAUAGUUUGGAACAAAGAUUUGGAAAGCUGGAUGGAGCUAAACUGUAUCAACUUCAGAAGGAAUUAUCAACUGUGGUGCAAGGCAACAACAACAUAGCUGGGUAUUUUACCAAGCUUAAAAGGAUAUGGGAUGAGCUAGACUCUCUUAACCCUGUUUCACAUUGCACCUGUGUCUGUGUAUGUGAUGGUAAGGCUAAGCUAAUAAAGUCACUAGAAGAUCAAAAGUUAAUUCAUUUUCUUAUGGGCCUCAAUGAUGCUUAUACUCAAGCUAGGAGUACUAUUAUCAUGAUGAAUCCAUUACCAUCAAUGGAUGUUGCUUAUUCUUUGCUACUUCAAGAUGAAAAUCAAAGAGAGGCUAGUGUUACUACUUUCAGCAACCCAGCUGAUUCUGGUUCCUUUAUGGUUUCUGGGAAAAUGAGGGGAAACUACAAACCUGGUAAUCAGCUUAACAAGGGAGGAAACAGUUUUCAUUUCAAUGGACAUAGUGCUGCAAAUCCUACAAGAGGAGGAGUUAGCCAGAGGUUCAAACAGAGAAGAGCAAAAUACAAUUCUAAUGUUUCUUGUACUUACUGUAAGAAGACAGGACAUGUGCAUGAUGACUGCUUCAGACUUCAUGGUUUCCUUGAAGAUUUUGAAUUCACCAAGUCCAAAGAGUAUGGACACAAUAUCAGAGGAAAUGCUGUUAUAGGAAAUGAAGAAGCUGAGGACAUGAGCCCCACACCUACUGCUCAAUCAAGUCAAUUCACCACUAACCAAGGAAACCAAUUUAGCAAAGAACAAUAUAAUGAAAUAGUACAGCAGGUACUAAAGGAAAUGAAACUCUGUCAAUCAAGUACAUCAGGUUCAGCUCUCAAUGCCAAUGCCAUGGCUGGUACUAUUCUAAAAUAUUCAGGUUCAUGUUUUGCAGUAUAUAACACUAGCACCUGGAUCAUUGAUUCAGGGGCCUCAGAACAUAUGUGUUUUAAUCCUAAUUCCUUUCUAACUCUUAAGCCCUUGUCUACACCAUUGAAUAUAAGUUUGCCAAAUUCUUUUAGAAUUUAUGUCACACAUAUAGGAAGUGUUUCUGUUCAUCCUAAUCUGACUCUGAACAAUGUUUUGCUUGUCCCAGAAUUUAAAUACAACUUACUGUCAGUUCAUAGAUUGUGUGUGCAACUUCAAUGUGAUCUUUUAUUCACUCUUACUGGAUGUGUGUUACAGGACCCUUCCCUGAGGAAGGAACAAGUUUUUGGUGAAGUAGGGGAUGGACUCUAUCUACUCAAGCCUACUAAAUUAGAGUCAAGCCAAGUCAAGGAAGCUUUUUCUAUUCAAAAAGGAGGAAACUCCAUAGUUCCUAGGGAAGUAGUUUCAGUUUCAAAGGCAGUGGCUACCAAUAUUGUUCCUAGUCCUAUUUUAGUGUCCAAUACAGAAUGUAAAAAUUCUUCUGUUGGUGUGCAUGCAAACACUAUUUCUAAUGUAAGAUUGUGGCACAUCAGACUAGGGCACCUGCCUUUUCCAGCAAUGAAGAGUUUAAGUGUUAUGACCCGUAUUUUUCACAUUAGGACAAUUUGGGGAUAA